UGGGCAGAGUCGGCAUGUCUGUGUGACUGUGGGGUUUGAUGGUUUGGGGAUUUAGACGCCCCAAAGCACACACUCAUCGCUGACUCUCACCAUCAUCGUUCUCAUCCGACAUUAUCCACGGGCAACACUCAGGGGGAAAGCAGGCAUGGAUCAGGGUCUGAAAGAAAUGCUGGACUGGAUUCUGAACCCAGGGUGAAGGUCUGGUCUGGCGUCAGGGUCUGAAAGAAAUGCUGGACUGGAUUCUGAACCCAGGGUGAAGGCUGUCUGGAGUCAGGGUCUGAAAGAAAUCUGGCUGGAUUCUGAACCAGGGUGAAGUGGUCUGGAGUCAGGGUCUGACAUAAAUGCUGGCCUGGAUUCUGCACCCAGGGGAAAGCAGGACUGGAGUCUGGUGAGAAUUGGAUUCCAGAAGAUGUGGCUAAUGGCUGGAUCACAUUGGAGUGUCCAACGAGCGCGGAGCAUGACGGAGGUCUCUCUUUGUACCAUAGUUUCCCAGGAGUCUUUGCACUGGAGGACGUCGUUCAGUGCCCCCCAGAAACAGUCCCCUUCACCAUCAACAAUGACCCCACCUCAAUGACCACUCAUCCACUGUCAGUGUCCAUCCAUCCCACCCAUCACACCUCCACAGCUGCCAGGGAACCAGGUGAUGCAGCCUUGGCGUUUGUGUCCCACCCCUGUGUGAGCGGCAUGCGAGGAGAGGAGGAGGAGGGCGGGAAUCUUCUCUCAAGCACCAUACAAGAACAAACCAGCUACGGAGGAGGAGGAGGAGGAGAGGGAGGAUGGGGGCCUAGGAGUGACAACCUGAACCCCAUGCAGCCCUCCCAGGUGGCCUCCCCACCCCUGCUGCAGCAGCCGCCCAGCAGUACAGACUGUAGCGGCGCCCCCACCUCAGACAGCCAACUACCACCUUACCCCCUUACCUUCCCUCACCGCCCACUAGCUCACCCCCAGUUCCCCCAGUUGCGCUGGGCUCGGCAGGAGCCUCAGGGGCAGGAGCAGCAGGCUGAUGGUAGCUCCGUGGAGAAACAUGGACCCCCCCAGCCCCCUCUCCCUCAUCCCCAACCCUCCCUCCAGCCCAGUUUAGAGGAACUGCCGAGCUAUGAGCAGGCCAAGGCCCAGACCCAGGGACAACACCACUACCAGGACCAGCUGUAUUAUACACUGGAGGACCAGGAGAGCCUGCCUAGCCCCUCUCACACCCCAGACAGCCAGCCCUCAGCCUGGACCAGCUUAGCUCCUAACAGCUCCUCUGAGACCUCUAGCCCUGACACCAACACUGACCCCUCUCCUUUCCCCAGCCCCAGCCCACCCCUGGGCCCUCAGCAAGGCUUUAUGAGUGAUGGGGAUGAGGCUGAGGGUUUGUCUAUCUGGGGUGGAGGGGCCAAUGGAGACUCUGCUCUGAGGGAACUGAAGCAGGGUCAUGUGUAUUCCCUCAGCCAGAGGAUCCUCCAAAUCAGCAUUGAGACCAAUGGAACUAGUAACCUUCCCUCUAGCAACCCCUCCCCCAGUUACCCCCCACCCCUAUACAUAACCCCACUCACAGGAUCAGUAGACCCCCGCGGACCACCACCAGAGUACCCCUUCAAGCCCACUCAGCCGCCCUCCUGCUCCCCCUUAGGGAAACCCCAGCCCCCCUCCUCUCAUUCUGAGCUGGGCCCUCCCUUCAUUGAUUCCCCUUCUUCCACAAUAAUGGACUGGUCCACAGUCCAGCCAACCAGAGCUGAGAGCAACCCCCCACCUGAGUACCAGAGCAGGCGACACCACCCCGGGGCCCUAGGGGGUCCCUCAGUCCAGUACCACCACAGUCCCACACACUCCCAGAUCCACACCUCCACCCUUCUCCCCAACAUCCAGGCCCAGACUUCUACCCGUGUCUCUCAGCUCCAACCUCAGCCUCAACAACCUUCCCCAGGCCCCUCCGGUAUGGAGGUGGUCAUGGCAGCCAAGGUGCAGCAGAUGGUCCAGUUGCUGUGUGAGGAGAACCAGACUCUGAGACACGAGCUGCUGACACACAGAGAGAAGGCCUCCAAACUGCACUGGUUAGAGGAGGAGCUCCAGGGGAUCUCUGAAGAGUAUGAUUGGCUGAUGAAGAGCUCGUCAAAGAGGGAGGGACUGGACCGAACCAUGAGAUGCAAACUGGAGGGGGAGAUUAGACGCCUGACUGUCUUCAACAGAGACCUGAGAGGGGAUGGACUGAUAGAGAAAGAGCGUUUGGAGGAAGAGGUGGAGAAGCAGCAGAGGAGGGCAGAGAGACUGGAGUCAGCUCUGAGCAGCGCCCAGCAGAGAGCACUACACUUAGAGGAGGAGCUGCGUGUGAAGUGUGUGUAUGCGGCUCGUGUGGAAGGGUUGCAGCAUGCUGUGGUGCAGCUGCAGACGGCGUGUGAGAAGAGAGAGCAGCUUGAGAGACGCCUGCGCACGCGGCUGGAGAGAGAGCUACACACACUGCGCACGCAACAGAGAGUGUGUGGGGGUGUGCUUGGGACCACUGGGCCAGGUGGGGGUGGGGGUGUAGGGGAGGGCAGUGCCCAUGCUCUGAGGGAGCUGCUGAGGCAGAGGGAGGAGAGGGUUCUGGCUCUAGAGGCUGACUCUACCCGUUGGGAACAGAAGUACCUGCAGGAGAACGCCAUGAGACACUUUAACAUGGAGACUGCUGCUACAGCCAACACACACAGGGACCCCUUGGUGGUGCACUCUCGCAGUGGUAGCUACAGUGAGAUGACGGGCUGCACACUGUGUCAGGAGGAUGAUGUACAGCAGGCUACCAGACGCUGCAUGACAUGGAGCACAGGAUAAGGAACCUGUAUGCCCAGCUGAUAGAGAAGGAUGCGUUGAUAAAGGUUUUACAGCAACGGAACUCUCGCGGUGACCUCAGCGCCCUCCGCCCUGCCCGCUCCACCCCCUCCAUCUCCUUAGCAACAGGACUGCACCCACGACAAGCUUCUCAGACAGACGAGAGGAAAGAGAGAAACCACCUCCCAUCCCUCCCCUUCCUCUCUUCCCCACCUUCCUCUUUAUCUACCACCUCCUCCCUCCCUUCCACUCUUGCUUUCUCAUCCACCCUCCCCUACUCCACUACACCAUCUUAUUCAUCCACCCUGCCUUUCUCCUCCACCCUGCCUCUCUCCUCCUCCCUUCAAUUCUCUACCCUCCCCCUCUCCUCCUCCCUUCAAUUCUCUACCCUCCCCCUCCCCUCCACUCCUCUCCUGUCCUCCCAUUCUAAGACAGGUAGUAGAGACAGCAGCACUCAGACUGACAAAGGUUCCGAGUCCCUCAAAGUCCUGCCCCUCCCCAGCAGAGCCUGGCUGGGAUUGGCCAGGACCCAGAGGACAGAUAAGACUAGAGCCCAGCCCCCACACCUACCAGGCACAGACUUAGUGGAGAUCCUUAUCUAAUGGACACGGUGGGGUCUUGUGAAGCUGCUGCUGAACAACUGAGGAUGAAACAAACUAAAGUAAUGAUGGCUGACUGAUAGACUAGUUGUGAUGGAAACUGGAGGCUCAUUGGAUGGCAGAAAGAGAGAGAGAGAGAGAUGGGGAAGACCUCUGUCCUGCUCUAAAAGUGUGCCUUUAGUCUGGUAAAGUUAUUUUCAAGUUGUGUGUGUGUUUUUCUUCAGUUAAAUGCAUUUCAGAGGCAAGUUUGUUUUGUUGGAAAGCAUGCAUUUUCGUACAAAUGAACGGUACAGAAAGAUUAGAUUUGUAAAACUUAUUUCUGCUGAGAGUUAAUAUUGAUUUCGUCCACAAAAACAUUUCAAACUUCUUUGAUUUGUAAAUGGAUUUUACUGUGCUGCGUGACAAUGAAUAUAAACAUGUACUCUGUCUCCCCCUGCUGUCAGUCUGUGUAACUUUGUUUUCUAAUCAAUUCAUUGUAUUACCUAUCAACAAGGUAUGUUGUUAAGGGCUGGAAUAAAAGCCUGUUCACUGCU